UACUUUCUACCGGUGGGUACCUAACUCCCACUGUCUCCCAGACGUGGAACGACGAAAACCAAAACAAUGUCCUCCUCGCGGAUACUCCUGUUUAAAUCGCCUACAACUUUGGCCCUGGGUUUGUUGUCAAGACAUUCGAAGCUAUCAUAUAAUGUUUCACCAUUAUGUAAGCAGUCCCUUUGUAGAAAUGCAAGUACUCUGCAUGACAAAAAGAAGAAAAAGGUUGCUGAAGGUCCUUCUCUAGAGGAUUUUAUAUCAGGAGAGGUCACCAAGGACAUGACAUGGUCAGACUACCAGGGUAAAUUAAAGCGUGAAGCAGGUGAAAAGGGACGACUCAGAUUACCUCCAUGGCUCAAAAGAGAGAUUCCCUUAGGCAAAAAUUACAGUAAGUUAAAGGAGGAUCUUCGAGGUCUUAAUCUCCAUACAGUUUGUGAAGAAGCCCGAUGCCCUAAUAUUGGAGAGUGUUGGGGUGGCAAUGACGACAAUGUUGCUACUGCUACAAUCAUGCUGAUGGGAGACACUUGCACUCGAGGAUGUCGUUUCUGCUCUGUGAAAACCUCCCGAGCACCACCACCUCUUGAUCCUGAUGAGCCUGUUAAUACUGCUACAGCCAUUGCUAGAUGGGGUGUUACAUACAUUGUUCUUACCUCAGUUGAUCGUGAUGAUAUACCUGAUGGAGGGGCAGCACAUUUUGCAGAAACGGUCCAAGAGCUAAAGAAACAGCUUCCGUCAAUCUUGGUAGAAUGCUUAGUUCCAGACUUUGGAGGUAGAACAUCUUCUGUAACAACUAUUGCAUCUUCAGGUUUAGAUGUUUUUGCUCACAACAUUGAAACAGUUGAAAAGUUAACACCAUUUGUGAGAGAUCCUAGAGCAAAAUACAGGCAGUCACUAAAAGUUUUAGCAGAUGCAAAGACGGCUGUCCCAGAUCUCAUUACAAAGUCCUCAAUUAUGCUGGGUCUGGGAGAGACAGAUGAACAGGUUAUGCAAACCAUGAAAGAUUUGCGAAGUGCUGGAGUUGAUUGUUUAACUUUAGGACAGUACAUGCAGCCCACAAAGAGACAUCUAAAAGUUGUUGAGUAUGUUACACCAGCUAAGUAUAAUUCUUGGGAAGAAGUUGGUAAGAGCCUAGGAUUUCUGUAUACUGCAAGUGGACCAUUAGUUAGAUCCUCAUACAGGGCUGGAGAAUUUUUCCUCAAAAAUCAUCUUCUUUCUAAGAGAACAGAAGCAAAUGCUGAUAAAGAUUUACCCUGUGCAGACUCAUGAACGUAUUCUAAUAUUGGCUCCACCACAGUAUACAAGAAAAUAUGACAAUUAUAUUUUGUUUUCAGUUUUUUAGAUUAUAUUUUUUUUCAAUUUUUUAAUGUACCAUAGAAAUUUAGAUGUACAGUUCAAUAUACGUAUGUACAUACUAUAUUGUGAACAUAAUAAAUUUUCAUUCAUAAAUUAGUUUAGGUCAUUUAGCAUUUAAUCCUAAGAACAGGAUCACUACUUGACUCAUUUCCCUUUAGAAAUUGUCCAUCUUGUCCAGAACAGAUUUGAAUCUUACUGGCAUUCUACUUUAUUUUUGUUGCUCGUUUUUUUGGUUUUGGCUAUAAUACAAACAGAAGUACUGACUAAUAUAUCCUUGCCUGUAAUUAUAUGUCAUGUUUAUUAUAAAUUACAAUGUAUAGCUCAGCUAGGUUGUUGUUAAUUUUAUAUAUUUAUUUUAAUGAUUAUUGUUUGUACAUAUAUUAAGCUACAAGGUUUCUUUGAACUGGUCGUAGUCUUAAUUUUUCAAGCUUAAAUAUAGUAAGCUGGCUGA